UAUUGCCUCGGCCUUUGCUAAAAAAUAUGGUGGCAAUGAAAGCCUUCACGGAAGCGUGGAAACGGUGACCCAAGAGACAGCCGCGUGAGGAGAGAAGAGGCGGCGAUGGAGUCCGUCGCUCUCUCCACCGUCUCGCUGCUCGCCUUCUCCAAAACCACCCUCAGGAUCUCCCGCAAGCGACACCUCAGCCGGCUGCUCCUUCCGCCUAGUCCGGCGACGGCUACGGCGACGGUCGGGAGCGCCAGGUGCUUCGGAAGCCUCGAUCCCAGGAUAUCCCGCGAGCUGUUCUUGAUCUCCUUUGCCGGGAGUCUGUUGCGAAAUUCACCUCCCGUGGCACCAAUUUCUCGUGGGUUGGCGUGCAUAUCGAGCUCCGCCCCCUUAUCAGGGAGCGGUGGUGGAAAUGAUGGAGUCGGUGGCGGCAGCGGCGGCGGCGGCGACGAAUCCGGCGGCGGUGGGAUGCAACCGGUAUCUCUUGCGGGAGAAUCCGGGGAGGCUUCGACCCGUGGGUCUGAUGUGAUAAUUCUUGAUGUUGGGGGGAUGUCUUGUGGUGGAUGUGCUGCCAGCGUGAAGCGCAUUUUGGAAAGUCAACCUCAAGUGUCAUCAGCAAACGUCAAUCUUGCGACCGAGACAGCAAUCGUGUGGGCAAUUUCUGAAGCUAAGGUUAUGCCAAACUGGAAACAGCAGUUGGGAAAUAGACUCGCAGGCCAUUUGACAACUUGCGGCUUCAAGUCCAGUCUUCGUGAUUCUGCAAGAGACAGCUUUUACAAAGUAUUUGAGAGGAAGAUGGAUGAAAAGCUUCAGAACCUAAAAGAAAGUGGUCGGGAGCUUGCUGUAUCAUGGGCAUUGUGUGCUGUAUGCCUCCUAGGGCAUCUCUCUCACUUCUUUAAAGCUGGCCCCUCUUGGAUUCACACAUGCCAUUCUACUAGUUUUCAUUUGUCACUUUCAUUGUUCACAUUUCUUGGUCCUGGACGCAAACUUGUUCUUGAUGGGUUCAGAAGUUUGCUGAUGGGUUCACCUAACAUGAACACGCUAGUUGGUUUAGGUGCUUUAUCAUCUUUUGCAGUCAGCUCCAUUGCAGCCAUCAUGCCGAAACUGGGAUGGAAGACAUUCUUUGAGGAACCAAUUAUGUUAAUAGCUUUUGUUCUGUUGGGGAAAAAUCUUGAACAGAGAGCAAAAAUAAAAGCCACCAGUGACAUGACAGGACUUCUGAAUAUUCUUCCUACAAAAGCACGCCUCAUGGUUGACAGUGAUGCUGGAAAGGUGCCAUCACUUGUAGAGGUUCCAUGUAGCAGCCUCUCUAUUGGGGACCAGAUUGUUGUACUACCAGGAGAUCGUGUUCCAGCUGAUGGAAUUGUUAAAGCUGGAAGAAGUUCAAUUGAUGAGUCAAGUUUCACUGGGGAGCCUCUGCCAGUGACAAAGCUUCCUGGGGCUGAAGUGACAGCUGGUAGCAUUAACUUGAAUGGUACACUUACCAUUGAAGUAAAAAGACCUGGAGGUGAAACUGCUAUGGGGGAUAUAGUUCGCUUGGUGGAGAAUGCACAAACAAGGGGAGCUCCUGUGCAACGCUUAGCCGACAAGGUUGCUGGGCAUUUUACAUAUGCAGUUAUGGCAUUGUCUGCUGCCACUUUCACAUUCUGGAGUUUGUUUGGUUCACAACUUGUACCAGCUGCGUUGAAGCAUGGAAGUUCAAUGUCCUUGGCCCUACAGCUAUCUUGUAGUGUUUUGGUUGUUGCAUGUCCAUGUGCACUUGGUCUGGCUACUCCGACUGCUGUGCUGGUGGGAACCUCAUUAGGGGCGACUAGAGGACUGCUUUUACGUGGUGGAGAUGUUUUGGAGAAGUUUGCAGCUGUUGAUGCAGUAGUGUUUGAUAAAACAGGCACUUUGACAACUGGAAAGCCUGUUGUGACGAGGGUUAUAACUCAUCAACAUGGGGAACAUGAAUAUUCAUAUGAAACUCCUAAGUUCAAAUGGACAGAAGCUGAUAUCUUGAGGUUAGCUGCCAGUGUGGAAUCAAAUACAAAUCAUCCAGUUGGAAAAGCUAUCGUUGAAGCUGCUCGUUCUGUUGGUUCUCAAAAUGUCAAGGUAAUAGAUGGGACAUUCAGUGAAGAACCUGGCUCUGGUGUGGUAGCUGUUGUUGACCAAAAGAAGGUUGCUGUUGGGACAUUAAGCUGGCUCAGAAGGCAUGGAGUUGUUGAUAACCCAUUUCCAGAUGCGGAGCUCAAUAAUCAGUCUGUUGUAUAUGUAGGAGUAGAUAGUGCUUUAGCCGGGCUAAUUUACUUUGAGGAUAAAAUAAGGGAAGAUGCACCUCAUGUUGUUGAAACUUUAUCAAAACAAGGAAUAAACAUAUAUAUGCUAUCUGGUGACAAGAAGAAUGCCGCUGAAUAUGUAGCAUCUAUGGUUGGUAUCGACAAAACAAAGGUGAUUUCUGAAGUUAAACCCGAGGAGAAGAAGAUGUUCAUCUCUGAGCUUCAAAAAAAUCAAAAAGUUGUUGUGAUGGUUGGUGAUGGUAUUAAUGAUGCUGCUGCAUUGGCUUCAGCAGACAUAGGUAUUGCAAUGGGUGAAGGUGUUGGUGCAGCUAGCGAUGUAUCUUCAAUUGUGCUUAUGGGCAACAGAUUAUCACAGCUGAUCGAUGCUUUGGAUUUGAGCAAAGUAACUAUGAAGACUGUGAAGCAAAACCUGUGGUGGGCAUUUGCAUAUAAUAUUGUAGGAAUUCCAGUUGCUGCUGGAAUUUUAUUACCUUCAACUGGUACUAUGUUGACGCCAUCUAUUGCUGGAGCUCUUAUGGGUUUGAGUUCGGUAGGGGUGAUGACAAACUCACUGUUUUUGAGGUUUAGGGCAGGGAAAGGAAAGAAACAUAUGCACAAACACCAGCGGCAAAGCAGAGACAUCCCUGAUUCAGACAUCCUUGUACAAAUCGACAAUGAGGCGCAGAAACCUUACCCUGUCAAAUGGAGGAACAGUUGAUUCUUGAAACUGGGACUGACCAUUAUAUGUUUGUCAAAUUUAACUUGAACUACAUGAUCAGGUCAGUGAAUAAGCGGUAAGUGAAGCGGAGCCAGAUGAAUGAGCACAAAGUUCAGUGGGGUCAGGCACUAAAGAUUGGAUGCAUUAGACAUCCUCAAACCAGUUUGCCUGAUGAGCUGAGUAUUGCAGCCCUUCUUGUUGGGCUGCGGGAGCUAUUGGUAAUUGCAUUCUUUUCUGUUAUCGGUUGGAACAGUGCACUAUGGCAUCAGGAUCUCCAAAAUCGAUCUGCAAUCUCUCUUUGAUAUCAAUCUUUGUUGUUCAAUUUUCCCAACAGUUUCUGAUCAAUUUUUCUUUUGAUUGUCAACUAAUUUGAACUAUAGAAACAUGCUACACUAAAAGUUCAGUUUCAAUCAUAUAUUAGGAUCCGCAUUUCCUCAA